AUGUCUUCCCGGCCGGAGCUCAAGGUUGAUGACGAGCAUGGCUUCAUUCGCUACUUCAAGUCCCUCCCGGUUAUCGACGAUGACACCAUCCGCAUCUUCGACCGCGGUGACUGGUACACUGCCCAUGGCGACAAUGCCAACUUCAUCGCCCGUACGGUCUACAAGACGACCUCCGUCGUGCGCCAGCUCGGCCGCAACGACCACACCGGCCUGCCCUCUGUAACUAUGACCGUUACCGUCUUCCGGCAGUUCCUGCGUGAGGCGCUGUUUAAGCUUGGCAAGCGCAUCGAGAUCUACGCCAGUUCCGGCGGCCGCAUGAACUGGAAAAUCGUCAAGCAAGCUUCGCCGGGCAACCUGCAGGACGUCGAGGACGACUUGGGCCAGUUCGACAACGCGCCUAUGAUCCUGGCCGUCAAGCUGUCUGCCCGCGCCAACGAGGCCCGCACCGUCGGUGUCUGCUUUGCUGACGCCACCGUGCGCGAGUUGGGGGUCAGCGAGUUCCUCGACAACGACCUGUACUCCAAUUUUGAGGCCCUGCUAAUCCAGCUCGGUGUCCGCGAGUGUAUCGUGCAGGCUGAUCGCCCCGACAAAGAUGGCAGCAAAGCCGGCCGUGACCCAGAGCUGGCCAAGUUGAGGCAGGUCAUCGAUAACUGUGGCAUCGCCAUUGCCGAGCGGUCGCUGGCUGAGUUCGCCACCAAGGACAUUGAGCAGGACCUGGCCCGUCUGCUCAAGGACGAGCGGGCGUCUAUGGUGCUCCCGCAGUCCGAGCUCAAGCUGGCCCUAGGCUCUGCUGCGGCGUUGGUCCGGUAUCUGGGCGUGCUGCACGACCCGUCCAAUUUCGGACAGUACCAACUGUACCAGCACGACCUGUCGCAGUUCAUGAAGCUCGACGCCUCGGCCGUCAAAGCCCUCAACCUGAUGCCGGGCCCACGCGACGGCUCCAAGACCAUGAGCCUGUUUGGCCUGCUCAACCACUGCAAAACACCAUUAGGUGGCCGUUUAUUGGCACAGUGGCUCAAACAGCCGCUGAUGAACAAGGAGGAGAUUGAGACGCGCCAGCAGCUGGUCGAGGCCUUUGUCACCGACACCGAGCUGCGCCAGACCAUGCAGGAGGAACACCUGCGCGCUGUGCCCGACCUCUACCGCCUCGCAAAACGUUUCCAGCGAGGCAAAGCGACGCUGGAGGAUGUCGUCCGUGCUUACCAAGUCGUCAUCCGCCUGCCCGGCUUCCUCGGCACCCUCGAGGGCGUCAUGGACGAGGCCUACCGUGUACCACUCGACGCUUCCUACACGACGAAGCUCCGUACGCUCUGCGAUAGCCUCUCAAAGCUGCAGGAGAUGGUCGAGACAACGGUGGACCUGGACGCACUCGACAACCACGAGUUCAUCAUCAAGCCCGAGUUCGACGACAGCCUGCGCAUCAUCCGCAAGAAGCUCGAUCGUCUGCGCCUGGAUAUGGACCGCGCUUUCGCCGAGGCUGCCCGCGACCUCAACCAGGAACGCGACAAGAAGAUAUUUUUGGAGAACCACAAGGUACACGGUUGGUGCAUGCGUUUGACACGCACCGAGGCCGGCUGCAUCCGCAACAACUCGCACUACCAGGAGUGCUCGACGCAGAAGAACGGCGUCUACUUUACCACGAAGCAGCUGCAGACUCUGCGCCGCGAGUUUGACCAGCUGUCGCACAACUACAACCGUACACAAAGCAGCCUCGUGAGCGAGGUCGUCGGCGUUGCCGCCUCGUACAGCCCUGUGCUCGAGCGUCUGGCUGCUGUGUUGGGCCACCUCGACGUGAUCGUGUCGUUGGCCCACUGCGCCGUGCACGCCCCCAUUGCCUACGUGCGCCCAACGAUCCACCCGCGCGGCGAGGGUCGUACUGUACUGCGCGAGGCGCGUCAUCCCUGUCUUGAGAUGCAAGACGACGUGCAAUUUAUCACCAACGAUGUGACACUCGACCGCGGCGACUCGUCGUUCUUGAUCAUUACCGGACCCAACAUGGGCGGCAAGUCGACAUACAUUCGCCAGAUCGGCGUUAUUGCCCUCAUGGCCCAGAUCGGCUGCUUCGUGCCCUGUGCUGAGGCCGAGCUGACUCUAUUUGACUCGGUGCUUGCACGUGUCGGUGCCAGCGAUUCGCAACUCAAGGGCGUGUCGACGUUCAUGGCUGAGAUGCUUGAGACGGCCAAUAUUCUCAAGUCGGCCACCGCCGAAUCGCUCAUCAUCAUCGACGAGCUGGGCCGCGGUACGUCGACGUACGACGGUUUCGGCUUGGCCUGGGCCAUUUCGGAACACAUUGUGCGUGAGAUUGGCUGCUUUGCCCUGUUCGCCACGCACUUCCACGAGCUCACUGCGCUCGCCGACAAGUACCCGCAAGUAACAAACCUGCACGUCACUGCCCAUAUUAGCGGGACACAGGGCGAAGGAAAGCAUAAGGAAAACGAGAAACGCGAGGUCACACUGCUCUACAAAGUUGAGCCCGGCGUCUGUGACCAGAGCUUCGGUAUCCACGUGGCCGAGUUGGUGCGCUUCCCCGACAAAGUUGUGCGCAUGGCCAAGCGUAAGGCCGACGAGCUUGAGGACUUUACGACUAAGCACGACGAGGCUUCGCUGCUGGGUACGCACUACAGCAAAGAGGACGUCGAGCAAGGCAGCGCGCUGCUGAAGGACCUGCUGGUGCAGUGGAAGGAGCAGGUCCGGGCGAGUGGCGGCGACGGCAGCAGCGCCCCAAGCAAGGAAGAGAUGGUGGCCAAACUUCGAGAGCUCGUCGCAGCCGACGAGAAGCUGCUGGCAAACCCGUUUUUCCAGUCGAUCAAGGCUUUGUAA